GAGUGGCGGUGAGGGGCAUGCGAGUGACGUAUGACAGGGAGCACCACCGCAUCGGCUUCGCCCCACACAACUGCCCUUUGCGCCCCUCCCCUCCUCCUCCUGCUGCUGCUGCCUCGUCGCCCUCCCUCGCCCACAGCCCUCAAGCCCCACCACUCGCAGCCUCUCCUUCCGCUGCUGCUCAUGCUCCUCCCCGCCCCUCCUCUGCGGAGGCUACUGCCGUGCCCGACCAGGGUGGCAGCCCAAGUAGUGAGAGCAGUGGCAGGGUGGGUGCCGGCAGUGCGAAAGCUGCCGGGAAGGCUGGAAUUGGGGUGGGGAGCAGCAGUGGAGGGGAGGACACAGAGGAGGGAGGGGAGGGGGACGAGCGAGUGGAGGGUAAUGGAGGGCGGGGCGAGGAUGAGGAGAAGGCGCAGGCGGUGGGUGGAGGGCUGGAGGGAGCGGAGAUGAGAGGGGCAGUUGAUGCAAACAGCACGGCUCUGGAAGGGGCGUGGGCGGGUAACGAGGAGCAGUGGUGGUGGGAUGCAGUGAGUCGCAGUGUGCUGCUGGGAGGCGGGGCAGGCGGUGGUGGGGAGGGCAGGGCGGAGCUGGCGUCAUGGAAUGUGAGCGAGGAGUUGGAGGGCAGUGGGAAGGUGGAGGAGGAGGAGGUGGUGGGGGGGGAAGGGGAGCAUGAGGAAGAGGGUGAGGAGGAGAGUGAGGGGAGCGAAGGUGGAGGUAGUGGUGGCAGCAGUGAUGGUGGCAGCAGCGAUGGUGGCAGCAGCGAUGGUGGAACGGACGUAGUCCUUGCUGCAGCGCAGCAGCACCUGCUCACACGUGCCGGCCAAUGGUCGUCGUGCACGCACACCCCCGUGAGCAUCGUGAAGGAGGCUUCCAGGAAGUACACCACCAUCCGGUGGUGCUGCACAGGCAGGGGCGGGCAGCGCGUGCUGUGGGACGCGGAGGAGGCGGUGAGGGGCGCAGUGACGCCCGCGGGUGACAGCGAGGCAGACGGGGGAAUGGCGCACGGGAGGGCGGAGGGGGCGGGGCGAACAGGUGGAGACGGGGAUGGGGGCGAGCAGGAUGGUGUGGCGGCGUCAGGUGCAGGGGUGGAGGGGGGCGAGCAGAGGGGCGCAGCAGAGUGGAGCGGUGGGAGUGACGGGCAGCACAGCCAGAGUCAUAGCCACACGCACCUGCUGCUGCACCUCGUCUUCUCUGCCCGCCAUCCACCCCUGCUGCCGCCACUCCCACCCAGCACCUCUGCCCCCUCCGCUUCCGCAGCACCGCUCUCACUCCCGCCGUCUGUCUCCACCACCCCGCCGCUCCCCACCGUCCUGCCAGCGCUGCUGCCAGCGGUGGCUGCCGUCCUCCUCGUGCGCCCCACCCGGAUGGCACUGGCCGCCUUCUCCUCCUCCACGCUGCUGCUGCCCUCCCCGCCGCGCCCAGAGGGGGAGGAUGGCCACGGCCGCGGGAGCACGGGUGAUGCGCACGACAGUCAGCAGCAGCAGAGGCAGAGGCACUUCACCACGGCGUCCCUCACCAUCGACUGCCCCUCGCCACGCGCCCACCGCACAGCGCCGGCACGCACCUGCUCCCACGAGGCACAGCGCCUGGCACGGCUGGUGCGGGCGGGGCGGUGCCAGGGCGUGGGGGAGCGCGUGCAGAGAGCCAUGCGGGGAGAGGGGGCGGUGGGGAAGGCAGGCAGUGGUGACUCGCCCGUGCUGCUGCGCUGCUCCCUGCACACGCUGCCGCCCGCUGCUGCUGCGUCCACCCGCUCCCCACCUGACCAUGGCGGCACUCCUGCCCUCUCUGACUCGCCUCUCGCUACUUCCUCACACGCUGCUGCCGCCCUGGCUCAUGAGCAAUGGCAGGCAGAGUAUGGGCACGAGGAGAGCCGUGUGGGAGGGGCAGCAGCAGGGGUGAGAGGUGCAGGCGAGGGGCAGAUGGGCAGGGUGGGGAAGGGAGAAGCGGAUGGAGGGGAGGAAGGGGGGGAUGGGAUGGUGGGAGAGAUGGUGAAGUCAGUGCUUGGGGGGGCGGCAAUGCACGCAAGGCAGCAGCAGAGCGUGCAUGAGGGCUCUGAUGUGGCUGUCAUGCGCUCCAUCACCCUCACUCUUAGGUUGCUGCUCAUGCCAUGCCUCCCUGCUUCCCAUCACACACAUGCACACACAUGCACUCAAGCCCACUCAAUUACUCACAGCCGUAUUCCCGUUUGUUACUUGUAUCCUGCAAGAACCUGUCACGCUUUAAUUGCCUCCGAUUCCGUUGCCUUUUCUCGCCCUCUUAACUUUCUCUGCUCGCCCUCUCCUCCCAUGCCUGCACGGCCGGCCUGCAGGGAGGAGCAGGGAGCCGCAGCCACGGCUGCCACUGGAGCAACGCCCCCAACACCAUCAGCGGUGGCAGCAGCUGUGGUCCCGGCGGUAGUGCGCAUGCAGGAGGAGCAGCGGCUGCAGUGGGCGGCGCUGGUGGUGGUGUAUGCGCUGGUGGCGGUGUGCCUCGCUCUCAUCCUCCGCCUGCAGUUCCGCCGAGGGGCCUUUGCCAUCGCCAUCACCACCGUUGCUGCCGCUGCUGCUACUGCAGGGGGGAUGUCUGCUGCACGGCCCCACCAGCUGUGCUCGCACUCGCCCUAUGGGACCUGCUCGUGCCCUGUGGCAAAGCGCGCUGUGGACCGCUGCCACGUGUAG